GAGGCAGGCAGAGGGGAGGCAGGCAGAGGGGAGGCGGGCAGGAGCAAGGGGUAGGGACGCUUGGCGCAGGAACCUUGCAGAGGAUAGCUGGGGUGAAGGCUGCACGGCGGGUGAUUGGUGCUGCAGCUCCCAGCCCAGCCCUGGCCUCGCCACCCUGGAUCAGGUCUCCCCGAACCAGCCCCGACCCCCGUGGCUGGGCUGAGAUCCAGGAGCUUCCUAGAGGGCGCAGCUGUGGCCCCCACGCGCCUGCUGCUUCUCUGUUGAAGGGGCCUGCCCUGGGCUCUCCUGCAGAUGGAGGAGAACAGUGUGGUCCUCUCAGAGCCCCUGGGCCUCCUGCUGCUGCCCCUCAUCGCCAUGUUGCUGAUGGUCCUUUGUGUGCGCUGCCGCGAGCUUCGAGGCUCCUAUGGCAGUGCUAGCGAAAAUCGUUCACAAACAGAGAGCUUCCUGUUCAAGCCGACUCCUUUGAUGUCUGAAGUUACUCCUUCAAGCUUGGCUCUAUCCUCAGAAAUGCUGCCCUCCUGGUCACCUUACCCAUCUGCUCCCGACCCACACCUGAGCCAGCCAGACCUGCUCCACAUCCCACGAUCGCCACAGCUUCUCCUGGGUUCCCACCGGAUGCCCUCUUCCCAGCAGGACUCAGAUGGUGCCAACAGUGUGGCGAGCUAUGAGAACCAAGGUGUGUCUGGAAUGCUGUACCAGGCCAGGCCGGGAGCCCGGUCUGCCCCUGGCCAGGCUGAAACCCCUGUGUCUCGAUUCCCAGAGGUAGCCUGUGAGGACGCGGAUAAAGAUGAGGAUGAGGAAGACUACCCCAACGAGGGCUACGGCGGCUAUGUGGAGGUGCUUCCCGACAGCACCCCAGCCACCAGCACUGGGGUCCCUUCGGCUCCUGUACCCAGCAACCCUGGCCUCCGAGACAGUGCCUUCUCCAUGGAGUCCAGAGAUUACGUGAAUGUCCCUGAGAGCGAGGAGAGCGCAGAAGCAUCUCUGGAUGGGAGCCUGGAGUAUGUGAAUGUGUCCCAGGAGCUGCAGCCCUUGCCGGGCACUGAGCCUGCCACCCUGAGCUCCCAGGAGGUGGAGGAUGAGGAAGAUGAGGAAGCUCCAGAUUAUGAGAACGUACAGGAACUUAGCUGAGGUCCCGCCAUGGCCGAGCUGUCCUGGAACCAGCCUGGCUGGAAAUUGAACUGGGCAGCUGAAAAAAGCCCCGGGGGCCCAAUUGGUGUCCUGCCCUGGCUGUAUCCUGAUAGCAGCCUGAGAAUCCCCCCUAACUUAUUGUCACUUUGGGGUCCAGUCUGUGUCCCCAACACUCUGCACCUUCUGACACAACCUGAGAAUGAACCUACCUGGUCCUGGCUCUCCUCUUCAGAAUGGAAUAAAGGCCGCUGUGGUCUGCA